AUGGUACAGUGUGGCACAUGCCGCGACUGGUAUCACUUCGAUUGUGUCUCACUUGACGAGCACGAUGCGGCCGACAUAUCUGUCUAUGUUUGCCCACCGUGUACCAAGAGUACGGGGCGCCACACCGUGAUGAACUACGAAGGCGGUGACACCGUCGAACCCAUUUCCCCACCAGCGCCAGUGGUACAGAAGCGCCAGCGCACGAAGACGCCGACACCCAUGCCGAUGAUAUUGGACGAGCCAUCAAGUUCGGAAGGCGACGCGACGGAGGAUGAGGAAUAUACUGCCGAAGAUACAAAGGGUCGGCGAAAGUCAAAGCGCAUCGCCCGUCGCGUCGAGUCGAGCGAUUCCGACUCUGAUGCGACAACGGGCCCAACGGGCUCUAAACGCCGCGCCAGCGUCGACGUUCCGCCCAAGAAGCGCGCGAGGACUUCGUCCGUGCAGCAGAAUAGGCGCGCGUCGUCGGCCGCGAGCACGACGGCGGCGGAAGAUAAGCUGCGCAAGUUUGCAGUUGACGACUUCACGAAGAUGAUCACGAAGAUUUGCGAGAAAUAUCCUCAUCUGCGCGAGGACGAGGGCGAAGAGAUGGUCGAGAAGCGUUGGCCAGAGCUUAGCGAGGAGCAGCGCGAGGAGGUGCAUCAGGCAGCUGCCGCAUAUGCAACCGAGGCAGAGUCUGCGCUUUACGAGCAAUGUGGUGGUGCCGCAAAUCAAAAUAAGAAUCAGUAUACGGCUCACCUGCGCAUGCUCAAGUUCAACCUGCCGAAGGAGGAUCGUGUGGCGUUGCACAAACGCAUUGCGUCUGGCGAGCUUACCCCCGUGAAGUUAAUGAGCAUGUCCUCCGACGAGCUCGCGUCGGAGGAAGAGCAAAAGAAGAAACAUGAAGCGGAAGCGGAGGCAUUAGCCCAGAGCAUUCUGCCAAAAGUGCAGGCGCCGCGCGCGAAGAUGACGCACAAGGGUAUCCAGGACAUCGAGGAUAUAUCUGGUGAACGGGCGCGCGAGGAUGCAGAUGAGGCGAAGUCUCGCGAACGUAUUGAACGGGAGCGCCUUGCUCGUUUGCGUACGAACAGCGACUCCAUGCCGCCUCAGUCUCCCGUUACGCCUUCUUUGGCCACUCCUAGCACGGCUGAAUGGGGAGCGCCCCCUCCUGUACCGAUGCACGCGCUCGAGAGUCCGAUGAGUGCAAGCCCCAGUCGUCCCCUCUUCUUCCCAUCCAGUUCGGAUCUCAUCGUACCGACUGAACAUGACAUCAACCUCGGCGACUUCAUUCAUAUGGACGACGAACCUCCCAUGUCAGUGCCGGACGUGCCUUCUGGAUUGCCCACCCCCGCGCUUGAGAUGGACAAGCCGCCGCUCGGCGGUGAUGGUACCAUUCAUUCGGCGGAAGAGGCGACGGAGGGUUCUACCCUAACAACUCCAUUCGGUCUGGCUACGAGCUCGCCAUUUGCGCCGAGUAAGCCGGACAUGCCUCCGCGCGCGUCAUUCGAUUUGAGUGCGGUGUGGACGGACAACUCGGAUGGUGCAACGGCCACUGCGAGUCCGAAGGACAUCGAACCGGUGCAGGAGAUGGGAGGUAUGGACGUCGACGUGGAGGGUGAAGGGGGCGAUGAGCUUGACUUUGAGAUGUUCUUGAAUAAUGAUGAGGAAGAGACGCCCGUGCAGGCGGUGGAAGAGAGAGUGCCAGAACCUGAGCUGAGCAUUGAAGAUAAAUACGCGAUGAGUCCGCGUGUAUGGAACGGCAUUAUCAGCAUGCCCAUCGACACACCAGUGCCUCAGGAGACGCGUGUAUUCGCGAGGGCAAUCGGCGGGCGCGAGAUCCCACACGACUCACCAUUGUGGCGCACGCUGUUCCCUGGAGAGCACCUGCGCAUUGAUGGGCGUGUUGCGACUGCACAGGCGACCAAGUACCUGCGCGACUCGCUCGUCUCACCGGCCAAAGAGCUCGUUGCAGUUACGCUCACGGCCGAGGACGAGAAGGCGGUGGCUGUGAUGCAGGCCAUCUCAAGCUUCUUGAUGCAGAAAGAUCGCUACGGGCUGGUCUUCCCCUGGGGCAAGAGAGGGAAAGAAUGGGGUUCUGAGUUCUAUGUUAUCCCGCUACCGCGCACUACGCCGUUGCCCUCUCCAUUAGAACGUCUGACGGGUCUUGAAUUCCCAGAGCAGAGAAUGGAAGACUGCCUCGUAGGCGUAUGGAUUCUGAACCGUGGAAAGUUGCAGCCACCCGCACAACGUCCUUCAUUGGGUUCAUCGCACGCGAGCUCGUCAUACAAUGCAGCCGCGCACAUGAAUGGGACACCUGUCCCAGCCUUCUCACCGCCCAACGGUGCGGGUGGGCAUUCGCCGCCCAACAACCCGCCAAUCCCGAUGAAUGUCUCGAGCGUCCUUGCUGCGUUAUCGAAUGCUACACGGUCGCCUGCGCACACCAGCACGCCAGCCCAGUCCUUCCAGCCAACACCGUCAUUUCCGACAGCACCUCCUCAACCGACACCUUCGUAUGCGUCGCCGCCUCAAGGGCUCUCAUUCGGCACCCCAUCUCAACUGAGCGCAUUCGUACAGUCGUCUCAGACCACGCCGGCGCACGCCGCGGCUCUCGCUGGGCUGUCGAACCUGAGCGUCGAACAACUGGCCGCGCUACCACUCGAGCAUCUUAAUACGAUCACGCAGCUUCUGCAACUCCAGGCUCUGCAGUCUGGCGGAGCUGUACCAGCAUGGCAGCCAGGUGGCGCUGGACUCGGUCAGAGUCAUGAUCCAUUGUACGAACAACAGCAGUUCGACGGCCCGCCUGGACGUGUGAGCCAAGAGGCGGCCGGGGUCGCGGACGAGGACGAGGCAGAGGACGCAGUGGGCAGGAUGGCGGAUGGCGCGGACGAGGAGGACGCGGUGGUGGGCAGUGGGACUGAGGGCAGUGUUUCUGGCCAGCUUUCUACAUAUAUUGCUUGUUGCUUGAUCUGUUAUUUGCGAUUUCGACUGCCCUGA